GGAUAUACUCUAUUUUUUAUUUUUGUAUAUUUUAUUGAUAACUUUGUUUAUUGAUUUUUCUGCCAACCCUUUAUGUAUUUAAUCACCAUCUUUCAAAACAUGUAUCUAUAAUAACACUAUAGCUGACACUAUAUUUGUUUAUUUUCUGUCUGUUUGUUUUUCAGAGACAAUUCACACUGAUUUUAACAGGCCUAGUGAGUCCAGAAUCACUGUUUUAUCAGGGUUUUGAAGAGGGGUUUUUCAGGGUUUUGCAGAUGGUGUCCAUGGAUGUUACUUUGAAGGUUGUGUUUAAUGUAGGAUUUUUUUUGCUUUUAUUGACAUGGGUUUUGGUGGAAUUGUGGAAGAACAGAACAAGGGGUGAAAGUUUGCCAGAAAGGGUGUAUUUUAAGGGGGGUUAUAAGGUUUUCACCAAGAUAACUAUUGGUUUUAAUGUGUUGAUUAUGGUUUUGAAUGUUGGGCUUUGUGUUUACAAUGUUUGGAACCUAAAGAUUCUGUCUUUAGAAUCUUUAACCUCAGUUGUGAUUUGGGCAUUGUCAAGUUUUGUGAGUUUUUGUGCAGCGAAGAUUCCCAAUACAAGGUGGCCUUUGGUGCUUUUGAUGUGGUGGCAAGCUUAUGGGGUUAUUGAUAUGCUUAUGGUCUAUCUAUAUUUUGCUUCAUAUUUUGACACCAUUGAAUCUGAUAGUUUUGUUUUGAAACCCAGCUUUGUUGAUGUUGCUUCCUUCCCAUUGCUAGUUUUUCUGUGUUACAAUGGUACCGAUUUUCGAUUCAAAAGUGCUAGUGAACUAGGGGAACCAUUGUUACCAAAAGCAGACGUAAGUGAGGCUAAUGCCACUGAUGAUGCAUUCUCGAAAGCUGGAAUUUGGAGCAAGCUUACAUUUAGGUGGCUUAAUCCUUUGUUUAAGAAGGGUAGAGUUAAAAAAAUUGAAUUAUCCGAUAUACCAUCCAUCCCUCAAUCUGAAGCAGCAGAUAAUGCAGCUGCUUUGCUAGAAGAAUCACUUUUAAAGCAGAAGAACCAAGCUUCUUUGUUGCCUAAUGCGAUAUUUAAAGCUAUAUGGAAGCCUCUGGCUGUAAAUGCAACUUUUGCAGGAGUAAAUACAAUUGCUUCGUAUGUUGGUCCCUUCUUGAUCACAAAUUUUGUGAAUUUCUUAUCAAACAAAGAUGAUAAUUCAAGCAGUUACCAUGGAUUAGUUCUUGCAUUCAUCUUUUUAUCUGCAAAGACGGUAGAGUCUUUGUCACAAAGACAGUGGUACUUUGGUGCACAACGAAUUGGAAUUCGGGUCCGGGCUGCUCUUACUGUACUAAUAUACAAGAAGUCUUUGUUAAUUAAGUAUAGCGGUACUAGUACUGGAAAAAUCACAAACUGUGUCAAUGUAGAUGUUGACAGGAUUGGUGAUUUUUGCUGGUAUGUUCAUGGGAUUUGGCUACUCCCGGUGCAGGUAGCUUUGGCGUUAGUCAUCUUGUACAGGAAUCUCGGUGCUGCUCCUUCAUUUGCUGCUCUUUUUGCAACAAUUUUGGUGAUGGUUAGCAAUACUCCACUAGCUAAUAUGCAAGAAAGUCUCCAUAGCAAGAUAAUGGAAUCGAAAGACUCAAGAAUUAAAGCUACAUCGGAGACUCUAAAGAGCAUGAGAGUCUUGAAGUUGCAUUCAUGGGAGCCGACUUUUUUAAAGAAGAUCCUUCAGCUUAGAGAAACUGAGAGGGGUUGGCUAAAAAAGUAUCUUUACACGUGCUCAGCAGUGGCUUUUCUGUUCUGGGCCUCACCAACUUUGGUUUCUGUUGUCACCUUUGGUGUUUGUAUUGUUCUGAAAACCCCUCUGAGUUCAGGCACCGUUUUGUCAGCUCUAGCCACUUUUAGGAUUUUGCAAGAGCCAAUAUAUAAUUUGCCUGAGUUGAUCUCAAUGGUUGCCCAAACAAAGGUUUCAGUUGAUCGAAUCCAUGACAUUAUUUGUGAGCAGGAAAAUUUGCUCUCGGCAAAACAACUUCCAUCUGAAGAUUCCAAUAUUGCGGUAGAGCUUGAACAGGGUGAAUAUUCAUGGGCUGAAAAUAACCAGUACUUUGAAAGUUUCAAAGUGAAGAUUUCUGACAAAAUUAGAAUCAGGAAAGGUUACAAGGUAGCUAUCUGUGGUUCUGUUGGAUCUGGGAAGUCAAGUUUACUUUGCAGUAUACUUGGAGAGAUUCCCAAAAUUUCUGGCAAUAAUAUCAAGGUUUAUGGCUCCAGAGCAUUUGUUCCACAAAGUGCUUGGAUACAGACAGGCACCAUACGAGAGAACAUCCUUUUUGGCAAAGAAUUGAAUAUGACAUUGUAUGAGAAUGUUGUGGAAGGAUGUGCUCUAACUCGCGAUAUAGAGAUGUGGGCUGAUGGAGAUCUAAGUGUGGUGGGAGAGAGGGGCAUGAACUUGAGUGGCGGACAAAAGCAGAGGAUUCAGUUGGCAAGAGCAAUCUACAACGAAUCAGAUGUUUAUUUCCUAGAUGACCCUUUUAGUGCUGUGGAUGCACAUACUGGAGCUCAUAUGUUCAAGAAAUGUAUGAUGGAGUUGCUAAGUACGAAGACAGUUAUAUAUGUAACACAUCAGUUGGAAUUUCUUGAAGCUUCAGACCUUGUAUUGGUAAUGAAGAAUGGUAGAAUUGUUCAGUCUGGAAAAUAUAGAGAUUUAAUUGCAGAAACUACUGGUGAACUUGUGACCCAAAUGGACGCCCAUAGCAAAUCUCUAAAUCAAGUUAAACCACCCAAAAAGUUCUACAAAAGCUUUUCAUCAAAGGGAUUUGUUCAAGAAAAUCAAACUGAAGAUGAAGUCAUUGAGGAAGUCCAUAAUAUUUGUCACAGGGAUGUUAGUCAAGAAAAAUCUCAGCAAGAAGAGACGGAAACUGGAAGAGUGAAGUGGCAUGUGUAUUCAACCUUUGCUACCUGUGCUUAUAAAGGGGCACUGGUUCCAUUAAUCCUUUUGUGCCAAGUUCUUUUCCAGGCAUUACAGAUGGCCAGCAACUACUGGAUUGCUUGGGGAACUGAAGAAGAAGACAGGGUAAGCAAAGACAAGUUGAUUGGUAUAUUUGCACUGAUGUCUGGGGGAAGUUCUAUCUUUAUACUAGGGAGAGCUGUUCUGUUGUCCACUAUUGCCAUUGAAACAGCUCAGCGCCUUUUCGAGGGAAUGAUUACCUCAGUUUUCCGGGCUCCUUUAUCAUUCUUCGACUCUACACCUUCAAGCAGAAUCCUGAAUCGGUCUUCUACAGACCAAAGCAUUGUUGAUACAGACAUACCUUACAGAUUAGCUGGAUUAGCUUUUGCAUUGAUUCAAUUAUUAAGCAUUGUUGUCCUUAUGUCAAAUGUUGCUUGGCAAAUUUCUAUCCUGUUCCUAGUCGUCCUUGCCAUCUCCGUAUGGUAUCAGGCUUACUAUAUUACCACUGCCAGAGAACUUGCCAGGAUGGUUGGGAUAAGAAAGGCUCCAAUUCUGCAUCACUUCUCGGAGUCCAUUAGUGGCGCAUCAACAAUUCGUUGCUUCAAUCAAGAGGAUCGCUUUCUCAAUAGAAAUAUAAGUUUAAUCAACGAUUAUUCUAGAGUUGCUUUCCACAACUCCAGUACAAUGGAGUGGCUAUGUGUUCGAAUUAACUUCCUUUUUAACCUUGUCUUCUUCCUCCUUUUGGUCAUACUGGUGAACUUACCGAGAUCAGCCAUUGAUCCUAGCCUGGCAGGACUGGCAGCUACUUAUGGCCUGAACUUAAAUGUACUCCAAGCUUGGGUUAUAUGGAACCUCUGCAAUGUCGAGAACAAGAUGAUAUCAGUGGAAAGAAUUCUUCAGUACACAAAAGUACCCAGUGAAGCCCCAUUAGUCAUCGAAAGUUCAAGGCCAGAACCAAACUGGCCAGCCAAUGGGAAGAUAGAACUUCAAAAUCUUCAUGUUCAGUACACCCCUUCUCUCCCAAGAGUUCUUAAAGGAAUCACCUGCACUUUCCAUGGCCAAAAGAAAAUUGGAGUUGUGGGCAGAACAGGGAGUGGGAAGUCCACUCUGAUCCAAGCUCUCUUCAGGGUGGUUGAACCCACUGAAGGCCAGAUUUUGAUCGAUGGGGUUAACAUAUCCAGUAUGGGCUUGCAGGAUUUAAGGUCUAGGUUGAGUAUUAUCCCACAAGAUCCAACAUUGUUUCAAGGAACGAUGAGGUCUAAUCUUGAUCCCUUACAGCAGCAUUCAGAUCACGAAAUUUGGGAGGUUUUAAACAAAUGUCAACUGGCAGAAGGAGUGAGGCAAGACCAGAGACAGCUUGAUGCACCAGUUGCCGAAGAUGGAGAAAACUGGAGUGUUGGACAAAGGCAGCUUGUAUGUCUAGCCAGGGUGCUACUCCAGAAACGGAGAAUAUUGGUAUUGGAUGAGGCUACAGCUUCGGUGGAUACAGCUACAGAUAAUGUCAUUCAGAAGACAAUAAGAAAAGAAACAAGUGAAUGCACAGUCAUAACCGUUGCUCAUCGAAUCCCAACCGUCAUUGACAAUGAUCUAGUCCUUGUACUUGAUGAAGGCAAGAUUCUAGAGUACGACUCACCAGCUCAGUUGCUAAAGGAUAGUUCUUCUGCAUUUUCAAAUUUGGUAGCGGAGUUUAUGAGGAGAUCAUCUAAGGAAUGAAGGGCUAUCAUAUGCAAUCGAUUUACAUUGAAGUAUAUAGAGGUACAGCCCAUGCACAGAAACUUAACCAAGAUUAGAAUGCGAAUUUAGUAACAGCUAACUCAUGACAGUUCUGAAAGAUGCAGCCCAGUAUAUACCAAAGAAUAGAACAGUAGCGCUGCAGUUCAGUUUUAUCUGUUAGUAAUAUUUUCUUCUUAGUGACAGUAUUUAUUAUAUUGGAAGUCUUUGGCAAUGCCUAAUUGCCUAUGCCUAUGUUGUUCUGGGCAAUUUCAAAAUUUCCGCUUUUGAUAAUUAAUACACUCACGCACA